AUGGCUUCUCAGCCAUCAUGGACUCAAGAUGAGAAGUCGUAUGGUGUCCGUUCUGAAGUCGUGAUCCCUGGCCGAGGAGAGCCAGUCUCAGACGGCGCCAUAGUUGUCGAGGAUGGCAAGAUUCAGUGGGUUGGUGAAUACUCCAAGUUGCCAGACAAGUUCUCGGCUGUGUCCUUCACUAAGUUACCAGGGGCUAUCAUGCCGGGUAUGUGGGAUGUCCAUACACACUUCAUGGGAGCUCACGUUGUGUCCGGCCUCAACGAAGGACUACGCAGCUUCCUACCGGGCACCGAGACCAUGGUUGGAGCCGCUACCGUGGAUGACCUGAGAGCCACGCUCAUGGCCGGCUUCACAUCAGUUAGAGAGCUCGGAGGCUACGCCGGCUACCUCCAGCCCAUUGUCGAUAAAGGCUUCAUCGUCGGCCCGACAGUGUAUUCGGCGCUCGCCGUUCUGUCCAUCACCGGCGGGCACGGCGAUCAGCACGAUGCGCCGCUCAACACUGUCCUCGAGGCGUGCCACCAUGGCGUGUCAGCGUUCGCCAUAUGUGACGGCGUCGAUGACUGUAUCCGGACGGUGCGCAAGACUAUUCGGGCCGGCGCCAAAGUGAUCAAGGUCUGUUCGACCGGCGGUGUGCUGUCCAUUAACGAUCAGCCGGAGGACAGCCAGUUCUCGGACGCGGAGCUCGAAGCCAUCGUUCAGGAGGCAGCUCGGUCAGGGCGCGUGGUGGCGUCGCAUGCUAUCGGCAAGAAUGGUAUCCUGGCAGCACUACGAGCAGGUGUCAAGAGUAUCGAGCACGGCAUGUACCUGGAUAAGGAGGUCGCGGAUCUAAUCAAGGAAAAGAAUGCGAUCCUCGUUCCCACGCGACACAUUGUCGAGUCGCUCGCAGCAGAUCCGUCAGAGCUGCCCCCAUCUCAGUAUAAGAAGCUCAUGCGGAUGCUCGAGCUCUCACGCGAGAGCUACAAGUUUGCGGUCAAGGAAGGAGUGCGCAUUGCACUCGGUACGGACACACUGAGUAGUGACCGGAAGAACAGGCUCGCCCACGGCAAGAAUGCAAUGGAGCUUCACUGGAUGGUGGUCGCGGGCUUGACGCCGCUGCAGGCGAUCGAGGCGGCGACGGCGACGCCCCCCGAGACGCUGGGGCCGCAGGGCCCAAAGGCAGGCCAGCUCAAGGCGGGUUUCGACGCAGACUUCAUUGCGGUGGCUAGCAAUCCGCUGGAUGACAUUGACGUGUUGACUGAGCCGGAUAACAUUACACAUGUGUGGAAGGGCGGCAAGAUCUACAAGUCGUCAUAG